CAUUAACCGAGUCAAUAUUUUGUAAGAACGUGAAACAUGAUACCCUAACUCGCGUUGCUCGCUCGCUGAUUUGACUCGUCUCGAGUGUAUUUAACUGAUUUGACUCGUCUCGAUUGUAUUUAACUUAGCCGUGGACGACCGAGUGUUCAUCUCCUUCGUUUCAUUUCAAUUCAAAUCAAAACCUCCUUUCUGUUAAUCUAAAUAAUAACAAUAUGAAGAUCCAGUGCGAUGUCUGUAACGAACACCAGGCUUCUUUAUUCUGCAUCGCCGACGAAGCCGCCCUCUGCGACGACUGCGACCACCGUGUCCACCACGCCAACAAGCUCGCCUCCAAACACCACCGCUUCUCUCUCACCCACCCCUCUGCUAAGCAUUUUCCUCUCUGUGAUAUUUGCCAGGAGAAAAGAGCUUUUGUGUUUUGUCAGCAAGAUAGAGCAAUUCUGUGCAAAGAGUGUGACGUGUCCAUUCAUUCUGUCAACGAACUCACCAAGAACCAUAGCAGGUUUCUUCUCACCGGGAUCAAGUUUUCUACUUCCGCCAUACCUUAUUCUUCUUCUUCUUCUUCAUCAUCAUCAUCAGCAGCAGCAGCCAAGAAAAACCCUGUUCUCGAUACUUCACACCCACCUUCCAAUCCUCCUUCAACACCCUCACGGCCUAAGCCUGGAGGAAACUUGCAAACAAAUCAAGAACCUGGUUUUACUGGUAGCAGCAUAUCAGAGUACCUGAUAAACACUAUCCCAGGCAUGAAGUUCGAAGAUUUUCUCGAUUCCCAUUCAACCUUUGAUUGCUCUAAGAAUGGUGAUGAGAUGCUGUCGGUGUUUGGUGAGGGAAACAUGGUUUCGUUCUCCUCUGGUGGGAUCUGGGUUCCUCAAGCGCCACCUUCUGCUGCUGCAUACUGGGAACAGAUGGGUGAGCAGAAUGGGUACAGAGAGGGAAGGAAAGGUAGCGUCAGAUCAAGUUUGGGCGAUGAUAAUAAUUUCGAAGUUCCUCAGAUGAGUCCUCCCAGCAACGUUUCGAAGAAAUCCAGGUUUCUUUGGUAGAAAUCCAAGUUCGUGUGGCUUCGUGUGACUUGAAUUUCUCUCCCCUUGCUUUAUACUAUAAAUUUGUUUUGUUUCCUUCUUUAUAAUCCUCAACUACACUCUGCUAGCUGCUCCUCUCGAGUUAUCUACAUAUUACUGUAUCUCUUCUAAAUUGUAAAUACCAACGUUUCGGCAGAGCUCUCUGGGUUCAAAGUUGGAAUUUUUUUCUGUUUCUGCUGCAUGUUAGAAAACAACCAAGCUUUUAAAAUUAGAAGUAAACGCUUAUCGGAUCUGGAGAAAAGUCUUAAAUACAU